CAGUAACAUAUGUUUACACGCUCAGUUCCCCGGUCUCCGUCACGCGUGUCGGACUGCUUUAUAGAAAAAUCGAACUGUCUGUGUCGUAAGUGUACAAAAGAAUAUUUUUCGUAAAAGGUGAGUCACCCCGUAACGUCCAUAUUCCGAUGACCUUGCCCGUGUCAGUCGCGGCUCGCGGAGCGUGCGCUAAGCCCGCUCGUCGCCCCGCGCUCCCGAACCGACACCAGAACACUCCCCACCACAGAGCACCACCACUACCGAACCGACCGUCAAUCUCACAGCAUUAACACAAGAAGAUAACAACAAUAUACAUCCACAAAGAAAGUACAGAACCAUUCGAAUAUCCGCGUUCCCUGCCAUAUGUGAUGUGAUCCUCGCAAACACAGACCCGUAAUGGCUUGUCUCCGCACUGCGCAUGUGCGUGCUAUCCGACCGAUUUAAGAUGGACGCGCUACGGACAGUGAAAUUGGUGUUGGACCGUCGUUUUCAUCUGGCCGGAGUGUAAAGACGUGGGUGGCGACGCAACAACAGAUAUCGAAGAUUUGGAGGUUGGCAACUGAUGCCAUCACAAAUGCAACAGACCGCUGCACAUACACACAAGUGCUCGAUAAUGAAGCCGCCGAGAUGUCUCGACGCUUCCCGGCUCCCUGCCACCUGCAAUUCUUAAAGCAGAUGCGAUCCGUGAAGUUCUUCUGCCUAGUCUGCUGCACCAGUUUCGCGUUCUCCCUCCUCUGGGUACAACUCGCUACCAGGCAGGACCAGCCUGUAACUGAGACUCUUAUUCAAGAGGCCAUUGAGAAUGUCGGACGAGAUUUCAGAUACAAAGAUGUGUACAGAAAGACGACUGCCCUCCCUAAAGAUUUCAAAUAUAUCUUACUCUGGACAAGUAGUGAUUAUUCUCCAUUUUAUUUCUUCGGCCAUGGACAAAGAGCUUUCCUCGACAGAAAGUGUUCGGUGAUCAAAUGCUACGUCACUACUGAUAGAAAGUUUUUCGGUGGUGACCUUACUAAGUUCGAUGUUAUAGCGUUCAACGGACGGACUAUGAGGUUGUCAGACUUGCCCCGGUCCCGGUCUAGCAAUCAACGUUAUAUGUACGUUAAUUUAGAAUCAGCCGAUAACUUCCCCGUGUGCCAAGAGCAGUUUGACUCAUUCUUUAAUUGGACGUCGACUUAUAGACUAGAUUCCGACAUACCAAAUCCUUACUUAUUGAUUCGGGAUAGCAAAGGUAAAAUCGUGGGUCCAAAUCGUAAAGUGCAAUGGAAGAAAGACAUGGAAUCAGUGUAUGACGAGUAUGCUGGUAGAAUAAAGAAUAAAACAAAGGCGGCGGCUUGGUUUGUUUCUAACUGUCGUGCCAGGAGCGGUAGGAGGGGUUACGUGAAAGCUCUGGCAAGCGCCUUGAAGACAUAUGGGCUGACAGUGGAUGUGUAUGGGAAAUGCGGGACCCUGAACUGUCCAAAAAAGGGGCCGGGUAAUUGUAAAAGUCUAUUGAAGAAAGAUUACUUUUUUUAUUUGUCUUUGGAGAACUCAUUCAGUGAGGACUACGUCACGGAGAAAGUGCUGACUGCGGUGGAGAAUGAUGUCGUGCCUAUCGUGUACGGGGGAGCUGAUUAUUCAAGAUUCCUUCCACCGGGAUCUUACAUCGACGGCAGAAAGCAACACGUGAUGGAAUUAGCCGCAACGAUCAACCGGCUGAUGAAUUCUCCCAAAGACUACCUCGAAUACUUUAGAUGGAAGCCCCAUUACACUUACCAUGAAUCAAUAAGCAACGAAAACGUUUGCAACCUAUGUGAAGCUCUCCACGACAAGAAAAAAGUACAUAAUACAUCAGUUUACAACGAGUUUAGAAGCUGGUGGCACCCUAAUUACAAGUACCGGUGCUCUAAAAGUGGAUAGUGAUGAAACACCGGCUCGCUCUGAGCAGUGAUUGCUUCCAAAUAAGAGUAUGCCACGAUUUGAGCAAAACAAGAUUUUCAAUCAUGACUUUGCUUACCUCGAGGCAUUAUAUUAAAUUUAGUGUUGAUAUGCAAGUUAAAGUAGAUUAGUACGCCUCGUUAAUGUUAAAUAUAUUUAACUUGUCCUGUUGUUUACUUAAAAUUAGGUACUUAAAGGGUUUUUGUUAUUAUAAUAACGGAGUGCGGGACGACUUUCGGCCAUGGUAGCUCUCGAGCCUAAGAAGAUCUGGCAGCUGCGCAUGAUAUUCUAUAAUUGGUACUUUUGAUUCCCUCACUCUCAUAGCCCGAUGGGACGACAAUCGGUGAGAUCGGAAAAAGUUUAUAUUGUUAUAGGUACUGUAGGAAAAAUAAAUAAUGGUGAAAUGAAAUGGUGGUAGGUAAUACCGCAUUUUGUGAUUGAUGUUACUUAGGCUUGAUAUUAUUGUUAAAAAUGUUUUAUUGGAUGAACAUUUUGAUAAUUUAAGUUGUUUGAAUCUGGAUACAGUUAAAAGCAUUUGUUAUUCAUUUAAUUACAAUAUUUAAAUACUUUAGUUAGAGACUCUGAUUAGAUCUGAACCGUGUUUUUUUUACUUUGUCAACUGGAAAGGACACGUAGGCUUUAUUGUUGGCUCCAAAACUUUUAAGAAUCACCAUUAGUACUGAAAAAAAUUACGUCUUCUUGUAAGUUCAUCUUUUUCUCAUUCUUUCAUAGUAAAGUUCACACCAAAUUUCAUGGCGGCUCAGAAUAUUGAUUUGGAGCCAUCAAGCUUGGCGAGAACUGUAUUAUUGGUAAAUCUUAUUGUAUUCAUUGAAAAUAUCAACAUUAUCUUCCAAGGCAUUCAAUUAUAAUAGUUUGAUAUUAUUCCUAUUCAUCUAAGUAUUAGAACUACGAUUAAGUUAAUAAGUCAGUGAUUUUAGAAUAAACAGAUUUUAAGAACUUCCAUACUUUCGUAGAUAUUUUUAAGAAUUAUUUUUUUUGGGUUUUUUAAACUGAUUUUGUGUGCCAUCAUGUAACACGUUAUAAUCAUUUAAUACAACGAUUUCACCACAUUGAAAAAAAUAUUUUAUUGAUUUGGUACAUUGAUCUUUUAUUUCAAAAUGUUUUAUGAAAUACAUAUGUGAUGUACAGUUUUCAGUAUUUACAAUACUGUUUGUGGUGACGGUGGACACACAUCUAGUAGAGGCGAGCAAAAACGAACCACGGAGUAAAUAUGUACAGUUGUGAAGAUACAUACCAACAUUCGUAAAAAUGUCACUCAUACACGCAUGUGCAUCAACGAGCGUAUCUUCACAAUCUAUAUAUAAAUGAAACCCGCUUUCCGUUGUCACGACAUAACAUGAAAACGGCUUGACCGAUUUGGCUGAAAAUUAGAGGGGAGGUAACUUAGACCCGGGAGAAGGUUUUAGGAUAGUUUUUGGUCACCAUCCGGCUACGGGACGCGGGUGAAACCGCGGGUGAAAGCUAGUUGUUUAUAAGAGAGUAUAUUUAAACUGUAGGCGAAGGAAAUUCUCUUUACGAAAUCUUGUUAGCCCACUUCUGCGCGUAGAAAAAGUCAAAUCGUCCGAAGAAAUGUCAGACGAAUUUGGAUGAUGUCAUCAGACUUCUCGCUUUUGUUUUGUGUUCGCUCAAAGCUAGAGUGCUGAUUCCAAGUUUUGUAAGUUAAAACUCUUUAUACGUAAUCAUAAAUUAGCUGGAAUCGGAGAUUUGGAACUAUAAAUCGAAUCAGUGAUUUGGAAUAAUAAAUCUGCUACAAUUGGAGAUCUGGAAUUAUAAUUCGCCUAAAUAAGGAGUCGUAUAUUACAUCACAUGAUUUUAAUGUUACACCUACUUCAAUUACCCGUAUAAUAAUGUUUACUAUUUCGCGAGUGACCGCGUUUAACACGACCAAAAGCCGAUGACAGCUUUAUCAACUAAACAAUUUUAAAAGUAAAUGCUACGUAAUAAAGUUGUAUGAUAAUUUGAGCAUCGAAAAUGUUAGCUUACAAAACUUGACACUAAGCACUGAUGAAUUCGUAUGUUGUCAUGGUCUGCAGAUAACGUAGGCCUUGGCAGUCGGGAUCACCCAAUCAGUGGCUAGCGAUCAGUGACCGUCAGGUUUUCUUAGUCCGAGUACUGCUUAACCGGACUUUACCCCCAUCAGAAGUUGCAAUCAGAAAUUUUAACGUAGGCGCUGUCUCUUAUAAUAAGAAAACUUCUGGAGGCGCAAAAACUCAUUUUUUUAAUAUCUUUGUGUCCGUGACAUCGAUGUGGUCCAAAAUUGAAUGCUGGGAGGUGGCAAUUAGGUAACAACUCUUGUUAAAAAAACUCAAUACUUUUGUGCAAUUUCUGCACACUUGAAAAAGUUACACCUUUAGAUGUUGAUGCUGAUUAUCUUCAAGACCACGAGGGUAGCAAUUGGUAGCAACUAAUGGCAGCUGGAAGCAAUUAGGUAGUAACUCUCUAUAUACAUUACGGGGGUAUCUGACGGUCACGGUGAUCACGUACGAAUUUGAUUAUUCCGAAUUUUGAAUAAGGGAAAGUGAUAUCUUUUUUUUUUAUAAAAUCUCAGAAGUAAGUUGAAGACUAGAUUUGUAAAUCUUGGUAGCUUUAAACUAAGGCACUGCUGGUUAGAAUAGAACUUAUGUAGGUACUUAAGCAUCUCAGCAUUUUUAUAUAUAUAUUUUUUUAUUGUAAUUUAGGCGGGUAUAAUGUUCUUAUUUGCAAUGUCAGCUAAGUAAUAUUAUUAUUUUAUCAGAUAAAAUCUCAUAAUGACUGUUAAAUACAGUAAAUGUAGGAUUUUUAAAGCUUAAUUUUCUUUCACAUUAUGAUGGUUUUGUAUGUCUGAAGAAGGGGUCAAGAAAAAAUGCCAUAGAUAUUAUUUUUUAAAAUAUAGAUAUAAGUUGCGAAGAAUAACUUGCCUUGAAUCUCUGAAAUCUUCCAAAGAAUGUUAUACAUACGAGUAUAUUAUGUAAUAUUAUAACUAUAAGGUAUAUUAUAAUUAAGUAUGUGUAAUCUUAUCACUUUUGAAGUUACUUAAACCUUUACUUAAUUAAAUUGUAAAUCAUCUUACUACAAAAAAGUUAAACAGGCAUUCGACACGUGUUUAAGAAAAUUCAUAUUUUUUGUAGUAAAAAUAAUAGUGUUUAUUUAUAAGUUACGAAGUGGUGUUCAAAAAGGCACAUAACAACCAUUCAUAAACAUUAUCCGUCUUACCACAAAAACUUAUAAACGUCAGUUUAACACUUGUCUAAAAAAAUGUCAGAUUAUGACAUUGAAAUAAGGUCCAUUUUGCAGCCACACUUUUUUUAGACAAGUGUUUGACACAUGUUUAAGUUUUUGUAGUAAGGCCAUUUGGGUCUUACACAAUUUUUUCGCGACUUGUAUGUUGUGCGUAUUUGUAGUAUACUUGGCUUUAACAUCACGAAUGAUUUAAUGUUAUACCUAAGUUAGAAUCAGUACAAUAUCAUUCUACAGGUUUGUCGUUCACAAUCACAUUAAAUCCUAUCGUUUAUAUAUAGGUACUUCAUGAUAUUCUAAUGAGAAUUUAAAAUAAAAAAACCUAAUCCAUUCUGUGGUUUAACCUCAGGAAUCAAGUUUCGUUUUUAAUUUACAACAUCGUGUGUAAAGCAGAGAUAGUUAGGAGUAUCGAAUGUUUUGAUCAGUUGACAGCUGUCAGUUUUCAAGGGAGAAUUUCAGUUGUUUGUAAUGACUGACUUUUAUAUGGUGUUCUAAUUUUCGCACAUUUUUAUUCUAGGUAUUUACUUUGUUUGAAAAAUGUUUUAUAUUUUUUUAUUUUUACGUAUUUUUCUUUGUGUUAAUCGACAUAUAUUAACGCAUUUCAUUUAAUGUGAUUGUGAACGACACACGCGAUAUAUACUUAAUUAUUUUUUGUAUUUGUAUGCCAUGGUUAAAAAAAUCAUUGACCGAUAGUUAAAAACCAGGGCAUUCAAAUUGUAAAUUAGACUAUAAAUAACUCGUAAUUAUUGUUUAUGUUUUUGUCAAAGGUGUUUCUUUAAAUAAUAUGCCAGAGAGUAAGUAAUUCUGUGAUCCAUCACAGGUGACGUGGCUUCUUACCAUCAAUUUAGAUGGCAGAUAUAAAUAUAUAAUCGAUAGUCCAUACAAAAUGCGUGGAUUUGACUAAGUUCACCUUUAGUGUAACACAUACAUUUUGCUAAGUUACUGAAAUGCAGCUCUAUAUGCAAAUACUAUAGUUGAUUUUUUUUAGGUGGGAAAUCAUAAAAUGAACCCUCUCGUGUAAGAGUCUGACACUCCCUCACGUCGUGGGCGUGAGAGAGUGUCAGACUACUGACUAAAACCCACCAUGUUCCUUCUUAAGCCUUUUAUGUACCAAGGCCGCGGUAACACUUUCGAACAACCCCCCAGCUCCGGUAGGCUCCGGCCGAUCACAAGGAUCAGGUACUGGUCUGUAUUUGUACAAAUCUUACGCUGCGUCUACGCUAGGAGAGCCAAGCACUAGCGGAGUACGAACCGAGCACAAUUCGUCUAGUGUGGACCAACUUACAAGCCUCUAACGAGCGCGCUGCGAGCAUUUCGUUCGUACUCGGCUGCGUUCCGCCUGUUGUCGGUUUUUGACGAACACAAAGGGAUUUGCUAACAGUGAUCGUUGUAGGUUCGUUGUACGUACACACUUGACGCCGCGAACGACAAGCCAAGAAAGGCUAAGCUUGUACUUCGCUCGUGCGCGGUUCGUCUAGCGUAGACCCGCCUUUACGUUGAAACCCACGCAAAGGCCGUUUGCGCGAGCCAUAGGUUAUGCGCAUGUAUAUGUAAUUGUAAUCAUUAAUAAUUAAACGUUCGUUACUUCCAUUCGGUAAUUCAAACUCCGCCUACUGAAGUCCACUGGACGUGGGCCUUCCCAAAGCGUACCUAGUCCUCCAUUUUACACACAUUAACUCUAGAACAUUAUAGUGCGAUUUAAACUUCAAAGUCUGAGAAUCGUCGUAGAAUAAUAAUUAUGGAGCUUUGUUAUGUUUUUUGUUCAUUUAAUUUGUGUUCUUUUUUACCUAUAGUUAUCGGCACGAAUCUUGAGCUCUGACUGCUCUCACUUGCGCAGAAGUAAUUUAUUGGGUCUCUUUUGUGGUAUGAAGUGUGGCGCGGUGGCGGGCUAAAGCGGUGAUUGGCCCGCAGUGCAUCGCGUCAUAGCCGUCACUCGGGAUUGGUUCUUUGCUAAUAAAUCACUUCUGCGCAGAUGUAGGUCAGAGCUCAAGAUUCGUGCCGGUAACUAUAAUUUCGUUAUUGAUUCAGAUUUUGAGUCCGGUACGAGUAACUUCCAGCAUUAAAAGUAUCUCAAACUUUGGUUCCCAUGUUGGCCAUGAGAAGCAUGUAUGUAUACUGAUUAUGGAUAUGUGAAACCCAUUGUAGCAUAGUCGUGGAAGGACGUCGCAAAAGAAUUGACAGUCAAUUUAAGUAAAACUCGGUCUUAUGCUGAUUAUUAUAAGGUAUUCUAUUCAGUAAAAGAGUGAAUCACCUCAAUUAUUUAAAUAGUGUGGAUCUGUGAAUUUCAUAGAUAAAAAAGAUUUAUUAUUCCCCAUAAUUUCCCUUACAAAAAAAUGUUAUUAAUUUUAGGAACCUUGGUGUAGGAAAUGAGAACACAAUUGGAACGAAAUAACAUUUAAUUAAGAAUGCAAUUAUUUGAAUACAUAAAAAACGAAUGCAGUUAUCGUACUUACUUUUGAAGAUGUGCUUAUGUAGUUUUUAAUUAUUAAAAAAAAUCGGCCUUUUCUUAUUAGACUUAAGGUCGAGGCCAGAUUGGGCAGUUUAAAAUAAUCAGUGUUGUGAAAUGUUCGACAGAUUUUUCGUAGUCUUCUAAGACAGACUUCCGUAAAUGUAAAUGAUCGGUUGUCUGGGCCGGCCUUAAGUAAAAAAUGUAAACAACUUAGUAAUAACAUGUAAGCUAAGUUUGCUUAAGUAAAGCCUUAUCGAAUUAAUUGUUCAAUGAAUGUAAGAGUAUAGAUAUGUAUUGUAAGAAAAUAUAAUAAAUCAAGUUGUUGUAUUCAUUA